UUGCGUCUUUCAAAAUACCCGCGCUACUGUAAGCAGCUGAUUCAGUUGUCAUGUGCUGUCAAGUUGUAGGCAAGGUGGUGAGCUAAAUGUGGACACCACAGUAAAUUGUGGCAGUGGCUGGAAAUACAAUGGAGCGAAGAAGGUUAGUGUGUGACAAUGGAUCAGCGUCUUACGGUGCAGUCGCCGAAAGUAGUGAGGAGCCUCUAUCGAUUAAUGCUGAUAUUUCUGAAUCACGUGAAACUGAAAUACGGACAUGUUGGAGGAAGUGUCGUCCAACUGGUGGGCUGGAGAUUGGAACAUUGAAAGUGCUGUCAGCCAAAUUUGAGAGUCUUGACUAUGAUGUCUGUGAAAACUAUCUGCUUCUUGAUGAAGAAAGAAGAAAAGGAUAUAAGUUUGUUGUGAAAAAAAAUGUGGCUAGAUGGAUAAUAUUCUUUCUAAUUGGCAUACUUACAGCUUUUAUUGGUUGUUCAGUUGAUGUUGCAGUUGAAGAACUUUCAGACAUAAAAUACAGCUACAUGAAGUCCUAUGUUGACAAAUGUGUGUGGAACUAUUGUCUCUACAUACCAUUCUUGAUUUGGAUAGCAUCAAACAUAAUACCAGUUGUUAUUGGAUCAAUCUUAGUAGCGUAUGUGGAGCCUACAGCUGCAGGGAGUGGGAUACCCCAAGUGAAAUGUUAUUUAAAUGGCAUAAAGAUUCCUCGAGUGGUACGCAUAAAGACACUACUAGUAAAGGUGAUAGGUGUAGUGUGCUCUGUUGUUGGAGGCUUGGCUGCUGGUAAGGAAGGUCCCAUGAUACAUUCAGGAGCUGUUGUGGCUGCAGGCAUUUCACAAGGAAAGAGCACAACAUUGCGUCAAGACUUCAACAUAUUACAGUACUUCAGGGAGGAUCAUGAGAAACGAGACUUUGUCUGUGGAGGUGCAGCAGCAGGUGUUGCUGCAGCCUUUGGUGCACCUGUUGGUGGUGUACUCUUCAGUUUAGAGGAAGGAAGCAGUUUCUGGAAUCAGAGUCUUACAUGGAGAAUUUUUUUUGCUUCAAUGGUGUCUGCAUUUACUCUCAAUGUUGUGUUGAGUACAUAUCAUGGGCACCCAGGUGAACUGACAUAUUCUGGUCUUCUGAAUUUUGGGAAGUUUGAAAAUAUUUCGUAUGAAAUGACUGAACUACUGAUUUUUGUUGUUAUGGGAAUUAUUGGUGGUUUGCUGGGAUCUCUCUUCAACCACAUCAAUUACAAACUCACAGUUUUUCGCAUGAGGUACUUACCAUACAAAUCACUGAAGGUCGUAGAAGCAGCAAUAGUUGCCAUGUUCACUGCAACUGUGGGCUUCUUAAUGAUUUAUCUUAUAAAUGAUUGCAAACCAUUGGGUCAAGAUCCUACAAAACAUCCAAUGACGAUGUACUGUGGAGAUGGAGAAUACAAUGCACUAGCAGCCAUCUGGUUUCAAACUCCAGAAGCAAGUGUACGUUCAUUUUUUCAUGAUCCACCAGGUUCCCACAAGCCACUUUCCGUUGCAGUGUUCUUCACAUGCUACUUUUUCCUGUCAUGCUGGACAUAUGGGCUGAGCGUUUCCAGCGGCCUGUUUAUUCCCUCUCUCCUGACAGGAGCAGCAUGGGGUCGACUAAUGGGCAUGGCUUUAGAAGCUAUGUGGCCAGAAUGGGGCACCAUUGACCCUGGAAAGUAUGCUGUAAUAGGGGCUGCAGCUCAGCUUGGUGGAGUUGUGCGAAUGACAAUCAGCUUGACAGUCAUAUUAAUCGAAGCUACAGGAAAUAUCACAUUUGGCCUACCUCUGAUGCUCACAUUAAUUACUGCCAAAUGGUUUGGAGACUUCUUCAAUGAGGGAAUUUAUGACAUACAUAUUCAAAUCUGUGGAGUGCCUAUUUUGCCUUGGGAACCACCUCCUUUAUCUAACAACAUUUAUGCCAGUGAAGUUAUGAGUCACCCUGUUGUAACACUCAAGACCAUUGAAAAUGUGGGUCAUAUAGUUGAUGUAUUAAAAUCGGAAGAACAUAAUGGUUUUCCUGUUGUGGAUCCAGAGUUCAGCAAAGAAGGAAACUCAAGAUCGUGUGGCACACUCAGAGGGAUGAUCCUGAGGUCUCAGUUAAUAGUCAUUUUAAAAAAUAAGCUUUUUAAUGAAUCUAGCGAAAUAUGGAAUUUUAAAGAGCUUCCAAUUAAACUAUUUAGAGAUGCUUAUCCACGUUAUGAAAGUAUUGAUGAGGUUUCGUUAUCAGAAACAGAAAGGACAUACAGUGUGGAUUUGCGGCCAUUUAUGAAUCAGUCACCUUACACUGUUCAGCAUUCAGCUUCACUCCCUCGCGUCUUCAGACUCUUUCGUGCUCUGGGGCUCAGACAUUUGCCUGUUGUUAAUGAUGCCAAUGAAGUGGUUGGUAUGGUUACGCGGAAAGACUUGGCGCGAUACAGAGUCUGGAAGCACAGAGGAAAUAUGGGACUUGAUGAACUAGUAAUAUCGGAAAAAAUUUGAAUGGCAUGAUAGCAGUUUUAUUUCAAUGUAGCCCUAAU